GAGACGGCCGUGUGCCCAUAGGACCCGCUGUGGGCAUGCCUCCUGGAAACCAGCUCGGGCAGAGGAGCCCCAGGUGGCCCGCUGCUCCCGGACAUCAGCGUCUUGCUUCGAUUCCAGAUGUGCUUCCAGGAGGGCGUGAAGACAGAGAACGACCACAUCAACCUGAAGGUGGCUGGGCAGGACGGCUCCGUGGUCCAGUUCAAAAUCAAGAGACACACCCCUCUGAGCAAGCUGAUGAAGGCAUACUGCGAGAGGCAGGGCUUGUCAAUGAGACAGAUUAGAUUCAGGUUUGACGGGCAGCCGAUUAACGAAACAGACACCCCCGCACAGCUGGAGAUGGAGGACGAGGACACCAUUGACGUGUUCCAGCAGCAGACGGGAGGCUCGUGGCAGAGCGGCUGUCUCUGUCCCCUCCGUGUUGUCCCUGCAUCUGCUGAAGAGUGAACAAGGGACCGUACCCAUCACAAAGG